GGUGGCUUGCCGGCUGCGCCCUAACGGCGCGGCCCGGCGCCACUCCGCCCGCCGCCGGCGCGGGGGCGCGCGGCCCCGAGGCAGCGCGCCUGCUGGCCGCCGUGCGCGGCGACGAGCGGACAGACGCCCUCUCGAGGCGCGAGGAGCUGCGGCAGCUCUCCCUGGACCGCUUUCCGCUCUCCGAUGCGCCAGCGCAGGGCGGCGGAAGCGAGGAGGCCCAGUGCCCGCACGGCUUCUACAGAGAGGCGCCGAUCGUGUUCGCCUGUGGCGAGCAGCGCAGGGAGGUCAGCAUCUUGCUCGGGAAGAUGACAAUAGAGCUCCCGAAGGGAUUGCAAAACCUCAAGUUAGCCAUGGUGGCCGAAGGGGAUGCGAUCCUGACGCUGCAGAACGCUUCCGACGGAAGCUCGACCACAGGCGUCGAUGGCGACUCCCAGUUCGGGGACGAGCACGGCAAUCAGACAUACACGGUGGCGAUGGCCGCGACCAGCAACGGCUCCGCGACGGCCGUCUUCUCUGGGACGUUGCCCGGCGGCCUGAGCUUCGACCUGGUGAGCAGCGCUCCAGGGCUCAUUCCAGCCACGGUGACAUACAGCUACGAGGACUCAGGGGGCCAUGCCCCGCGGUACCCUCCGGUUGUGCAGUCUACAAUCAGGUCGAUUCCGAGGAGCUGGUGCGGCGAUGGAGUGCGUGGGCUUCGUCGGAGUUCCACAGUCCGUCUGUGGCCUGGGAGGCCCUCUGCGUCCCGGCCCUCCAGGCCAGCGGCGCCCACGAGCUGGGCUCGCCCGUGCCCUUCCGGGCCUGGCCGCACGUGUGGGCGAGGUGGCCCGACGCGCCAGCCAAGAGCGCUCAGGCAGCGUUCAAGUUCAUCGAUUCGAUCCAUGCUGAGGACGGGACCAGCUCAUCGAAGUGGACGAGUUCGUCAUGGCCUACAAGCUGAGCGGUAUAUCCUUAUCGACUUUUGCUUUCUGCGUCUGUGCGCGGGCUCUUCUCGGGCUGCCCCGAGGCGUUGGCGCAGGUUGGGGGCCCUUCGUCGGUCGCUGGGAUCAACAGGCAGACGUGGACGACGCAGGUGUGGCCCCGCUUCGCGCUGGAGACCAACUUCACGACGGCCACCGCGCACCAGUCGUUCGCCUACGCCGACGCCAGCAGCGACAACGUCAUCUCCCAGAGCGAGCUCUCUGCCUCCUGGCAUCUGGGACAUGUGCCCCGGAGCAGGCAUGCCGAACCUCAGCGCGGCGCCCCCCGGAGCGGCGGAGGCGACCCUGUUGGGGGAGCGCCCCGCCGAGGGGAACGGCACCGUCGAGCUCGUUGACACCUCCGAGGGGGCAUCCACCACGGAGAGGUCGACCAAGUGCUGCCAGCACUUCAGCGCCGAGUGCAUGGCCUGCCAGGCGGGGGUGGGCCUGGGCGACUUCUGCGGUACCGCUGCCUUGAGGAGACCCACCUUCCGGGCUGCGACGGGGCUGGCCUCUCCGCCGAGGAUGUCAACGCGUCCAAUGUGGGAUGUCCUUACGAGG